AUGGGCCAAUCCGUCUCCCAGUCCGACGCUGGAACGUGGCGUGCCCGUAUUACCUCCUCCGCUGACUCCUCUGGGACGCUACAACCGUGGAAUUCCCAACAGCUCCCGUGCAGCUCGAAUGGCCAUCCUGCGGGAUUCCGGGAACAGUCAUGUGGUCUGGAGCGGGACGCUACCACCGCGCAACUGUCGCACAAACUCGCCGUUCUCCUGCAAGGUAUUUUUGGGUGGUGUGCCGUGGGAUAUCACGGAAACGGACUUGCAGAAAACGUUCGGAGUUUUUAGCCCACUGCGCGUGGAAUGGCCGGGUGUGCACGACCACUCUUCAACGCAGCGUCCAAAAGGACAUCUGUACCUGCUGUUUGAAGACGAGCGCUCCGUGAAGAAGCUGUUGGGCGUACGUUGCUCCUACGACGUCCACCACAACCAGCACAACUGGUUCUACCGCGUGGCCAGUCCGCGGAUGCUGGGCAAAUCUGCGCUGGUCAGCCCGUGGCAGCUGGCCGAUGCCACCUACGCGCUGCACGGUUACGUGCCCACUCCGGGCACACCCUACCGCAUCUUCGUGGCCAAUCUGCACGGGAUGAUUACGGCCGAGGGACUGGGGCGGAUCAUGAAUGAUUUGUUCGGCGGCGUCAUCGCCGCCACACUGGACACUGAUAAGACGGAACACCCAUUCGAAUCGUGCCGCGUAACCUUCAACAACCCGACUGGCCACCUGAAAGCCAUCACCGCGGAGACGCUAGAGAUCCGGACGGCCAAGUUCACCUGCCAAAUCAAGAUCGAUUCCUACCUGGAGGAUGCCGUGUGCAGCACCUGGGGCGUGCAGCCCGGGCAGUAUAUAACGAAGGCUGCGCGGUUGGCGGUGGUGCGGGGCACGGUGGUGGGCAGUUUUGCCUUGUUGGUGAUGUCGGCGUUGGUGGACAAGCUGGAGACGCGGGAGGGUGCGGAGGAGAUGGUCGAGGAGGAGGCCGAAAAAAGCGAGGAGGAGGCCGACGAGGCGGCGGGACAGUGCCUCAAGCGAUUCGCUUUCAAUUGA